UGUUCCUUUGCAGUUUCUCCACAGUCCGACUCCUCUCGGCCCGCCUGUGCCCGUCACCUCACCUUGGGCACGGGAGACGGGGGCCCUGCCCCACCCCCUGCCCCCUCCUCUGCAUCCUCCUCCCCUUCCCCUUCUCCCUCAUCUUCCUCCCCUUCCCCUCCCCCGCCCCCACCGCCCCCUGCACCCCCAGCCCCGCCUGCCCCCCGAUUUGAUAUCUAUGACCCCUUCCACCCCACCGACGAGGCCUACUCUCCACCGCCUGCUCCGGAGCAAAAGUACGACCCCUUCGAGCCCACUGGCUCCAACCCCAGCUCAUCAGCGGGGACCCCCUCACCUGAGGAGGAAGAGGAGGAGGAGGAGGAAGAGGAAGAAGAGGAGGAAGAGGAGGAGGAGGAAGAAGGCCUGUCCCAGAGCAUCAGCCGUAUCUCGGAGACCCUGGCAGGCAUCUACGAUGACAACAGCCUGAGCCAGGACUUCCCAGGUGACGAGAGCCCCCGCCCGGACCCGCAGCCCACACAGCCGCCUCCGGCCCCUGGAACGCCGCCCCAGGCGGACUCCACCCGGGCUGAUGGAGCCAUGCGCCGGCGGGUCUUCGUGGUGGGAACUGAGGCGGAAGCCUGUCGGGAAGGCAAGGUCUCGGUGGAGGUGGUGACCGCUGGUGGAGCCGCCCUCCCGCCGCCCCUGAUGCCACCCGGCGACUCGGAGAUCGAGGAAGGCGAGAUCGUCCAGCCGGAGGAGGAGCCCAGGGUGGCGCUGUCCCUCUUCCGCCCGGGUGGCCGGGCCGCCCGGCCUCCGCCUGCCGCCUCCGUCACCCCCACGGCCCAGCCCCUUCCCCAGCCUCCCGCUCCCCGGGCCCCCGAGGGGGACGACUUCUUGUCCCUGCAUGCGGAGUCCGACGGCGAGGGUGCCCUGCAGGUGGACCUGGGGGAGCCGGCCCCUGCGCCGCCCGCCGCAGACUCGCGCUGGGGCGGCCUGGACCUGCGCCGCAAGAUCCUGACCCAGCGGCGGGAGCGCUACCGCCAGCGCUCACCCUCCCCGGCGCCCGCGCCUGCCCCGGCCGCCGCUGCUGGUCCGCCAACGCGCAAGAAGUCCAGGAGGGAACGCAAGCGUAGCGGCGAGGCCAAGGAGGCCGCCUCGUCCUCGUCGGGCACCCAGCCUGCGCCUCCCGCCCCGGCCUCGCCCUGGGACUCUAAGAAGCACCGCUCGCGGGACCGCAAGCCCGGCUCCCAUGCCUCGUCGUCCACCCGCCGCCGUUCCCGCUCCCGCUCCCGCUCCGCCCGCCGCCGCUCGCGCAGCACCGACCGCCGCCGUGGGGGCAGCCGCAGGUCGCGGUCCCGGGAGAAGCGGCGGCGGCGGCGGCGCUCCGCCUCCCCGCCCCCGGCCACCUCCUCAUCGUCGUCCUCGAGGCGCGAGCGGCACCGCGGGAAACACCGGGACGGUGGCGGCAGCAAGAAGAAGAAGAAGCGGUCGCGGUCCCGGGGUGAGAAGCGGUCUGGGGAUGGCAGCGAGAAGGCCCCGGCGCCCGCCCCGCCACCCUCCGGCUCCGCCUCUGGUGGUGACCGCGACAGCCGCCGCCGGGGGGCCGUGCCACCCUCCAUCCAGGAUCUUACGGACCACGACCUCUUCGCCAUCAAGCGGACCAUCACGGUGGGCCGGCUUGACAAGUCCGACCCCCGAGGACCUUCUCCUGCCCCGGCCUCGUCACCUAAGCGGGAGGUCCUGUACGACUCCGAGGGACUGAGCGGCGAGGAGCGGGGCGGCAAGAGCAGCCAGAAGGAUCGGCGCCGCUCGGGGGCUGCCUCCUCCUCCUCCUCCUCCAGGGAGAAGGGGUCUCGUCGGAAGGCCCUGGACGGGGGUGACCGGGAUCGGGACAGGGACAGAGAUAGGGACAGGGACAGGUCAUCCAAGAAGGCCCGGCCCCCCAAGGAGUCGGCACCUUCCUCAGGGCCCCCGCCAAAGCCACCGGUCAGCAGCGGCUCAGGCUCUUCAUCUUCGUCGUCGUCCUGUUCUUCCCGGAAGGUGAAGCUGCAGUCCAAGGUGGCGGUGCUCAUCCGCGAGGGUGUCAGCAGCACCACUCCCGCCAAGGAUGCUGCGUCGGCCGGCCUGGGCUCCAUCGGCGUCAAAUUCAGCCGCGACCGCGAGAGUCGCUCCCCCUUCCUCAAACCCGAGGAGCGGGCCCCCACUGAGAUGGCCAAAGCAGCUCCGGGCAGCACCAAACCCAAAAAGACCAAGGUCAAGGCCAAGGCAGGGGCCAAGAAAGCCAAGGGGACCAAGGGAAAGACCAAGCCAUCCAAAACCAGGAAAAAGGUCCGCAGCGGAGGUGGCAGUGGGGGCAGUGGCGGCCCGGUGUCGCUGAAGAAGUCCAAGGCGGAUAGCUGCAGCCAGGCGGCAGGCACCAAGGGGGCGGAGGAGACUUCGUGGUCUGGUGAGGAGCGGGCAGCCAAGGUUCCUAGCACCCCGCCCCCCAAGGUAGCCCCACCACCCCCUGCCCUCACUCCAGACUCGCAGACCGUGGAUAGCAGCUGCAAGACACCUGAGGUCUCCUUCCUGCCAGAGGAGGCCACUGAGGAGGCUGGGGUCCGAGGUGGGGCAGAGGAGGAGGAGGAGGAGGAGGAAGAGGAGGAGGAGGAGGAAGAGGAGGAGGAGCAGCAGCCUGCCACCACUACGGCCACUAGCACUGCUGCAGCCGCCCCUAGCACGGCCCCCAGUGCGGGGUCCACAGCCGGUGACUCGGGGGCGGAGGAUGGGCCAGCUUCCCGUGUCUCCCAACUGCCCACGCUGCCCCCGCCCAUGCCCUGGAAUCUGCCGGCUGGUGUGGACUGCACCACCAGCGGUGUCCUGGCCUUGACUGCACUUCUCUUCAAGAUGGAAGAAGCCAACCUGGCGAGCCGAGCGAAGGCCCAGGAGCUGAUCCAGGCCACCAACCAGAUCCUCAGCCACAGAAAGCCACCCUCAAGUCUGGGGGUGACCCCAGCUCCUGUGCCCACCUCUUUGGGUCUGCCCCCUGGCCCCUCCAGCUACCUGCUUCCUGGCAGCCUCCCUCUGGGGGGCUGCGGUUCAACUCCCCCCACCCCCACCGGGCUGGCUGCCACGUCUGACAAGAGAGAGGGCAGCAGCAGCUCUGAGGGCCGUGGGGACACAGAUAAGUAUCUGAAGAAGCUGCACACACAGGAGCGGGCGGUGGAGGAGGUGAAGCUGGCCAUCAAGCCGUACUAUCAGAAGAAGGACAUCACCAAGGAGGAGUACAAGGACAUCCUGAGGAAGGCCGUCCACAAGAUCUGCCACAGCAAAAGUGGGGAGAUCAACCCGGUGAAGGUGAGCAACCUGGUGCGGGCCUACGUCCAGCGCUACCGCUACUUCCGCAAGCACGGUCGCAAGCCAGGGGACCCCCCAGGGCCCCCACGGCCGCCCAAGGAGCCAGGGCCCCCGGACAAGGGUGGCCCGGGCCUGCCCCUGCCCCCUCUCUGAGAGCCCUGGCCAGCUCUUCGCCCCUCGCCUCUUUGAAAUUCUGGACAUAUUUAUGGCUCCACCUCCCCACCUCCCUCCCCCAUCAGUGGGAUGGUUGGGGGAGGGUUGCUGCAGGGAAGAGGAGAGCCCCCUGCCCUUCCCUGCCCCGUGCCCACCCCCUUUGCCCCCAAGCCUGUCCCCAGUGCCCCUCCCUUCUGUUCGUGCCCCUCUCCCCAAUUUCAUUAAAGAUUUCAUGAAACAUUA